AUGAAAGAUUCGUUUUAAAGAGAGAGAAAAAGCUUUGAAUCAUAGGAUUUUUAUGAAUCUUAAUCAUAUUCUUAGCAAAUAAGCACAAAUAUUAAUUCAAAUGCUUAAGACGAAGAGAGUAAAUUACCAUCUUUAAAAUAUCAUGAACAUAAAUAUGCUGUGAGUGAUGACUAUGAUAGUGAUUCUUAAACUAAUAGGAAAUCACUGUAGCAAAAUUUAUUAUCUAACAAAAGAAAAACAUAAUAGCAAUAAAAUUAAAAUGAUUAAACAUAAUCUACUCCCUCAUAAUAUGAUUUUACAAGUUAAAACUAAUACAUAGGACUAAAUAGUCCUUUUAUAAGUAUCCAUAGAAACUAAUUUAGUUUAGACUAUAGUGAUAGAUAUCACGCAUAAAUGCUAUACAACUAAAUAGAUCAAUAAAAUGAAUAUUAGGUUUAUCAAGAGACUGAUGACCAUUAACCUAGUGAUAACCAUUUAGAAUAACAAGUAUAUGCUGAAGAUAGUUAGAGUAGCUAGUAUAGUUUUAAUUUUUCUGAACACGAAGUAUGGCCUGCUUUAGUAAAUUUUCUAUACUCUUUUUUUAUAGCUCUUUUAGUUACAUAUCUUAUCGGUGCAGGGAUACUCAUGGCAAUAUAUGCAAUACUAGGUGAUAAUUAGUAGUUAGCUUGA